AGGGAGGGAGCGCGCUUUCCGUGUCUGGUUAGUGGACUGACAGCCAGCUGUGCGGCUACAACGACAACAACAAUCUCCUGGAUUUGCUAUAUACAAGUAGAUUAGUGUUGGUCUGCUACUGAUCAUAAUCGUACACUAUAGCUAGUUUUUGAAGUGAGUACUCGACAGCUCACAGUACAAGCAGUUUCAUCGGCGGUUUCCGUGCUAACUAGCCAGAAGAGCCUUCCUCCAACAUGAAUCCGUUGUGUAGCAGAUGUAAUCUAGUCGUUUACCCCACGGAAAAAGUGAAUUGUCUGGACAAGUACUGGCAUAAAGGAUGCUUCAGCUGCGAGGUCUGCAAAAUGACUCUAAACAUGAAGAAUUACAAAGGCUUUGAGAAGAGACCAUACUGCAAUGCACACUACCCCAAGACAAACUUCACCUGUGUGGCUGACACUCCAGAGAACCUCCGCCUCAAACAGCAGAGCAAGAUGCAGAGCCAGGUUCUCUACAGGGAGGAUUUUGAGAAGAAUAAAGGGAAAGGUUUCAGCGUGGUCGCAGACACGCCGGAGUUGCAGAGAAUUAAGAAAACGCAGGACCAAAUCAGCAAUAUUAAAUAUCAUGAGGAGUUUGAGAAGAGGAAGGGAGGAGAGGGCCCUAAUACUCCGUCGGGCAACCCCAGUCCAGGUUUCCAGGCAGCCUCUCAGAACUUCCACUAUGAUCCCACUCCUGAACCAGUGCGCCAGGCGGCCGCUGCCCCGCCUGCCAGUGCUGGGAAGCGGUACAGGGCAGUGUAUGACUACACUGCUGCCGAUGAAGACGAGGUGUCCUUCAAGGACGGAGACAUGAUCCUAGAUGUGCAACAGAUCGACGAGGGCUGGAUGUACGGCCGUGUGGAGCGCACCGGCCAGCAGGGCAUGCUGCCUGCCAACUAUGUGGAGGCCAUCUGAGGGAGAGGGAAAGAAUAAGAGGGAGAGAAAAAGGAGGAGGAGGAGGUAUAUAGAAAGGGAGGGAAAGAACGAAAGGAAAAGCCCAGUGCCAUCUCAUCUUAACGCCGCUUUCUCUUAAUUUUACUUUUGUUCCCUAACCUGUCCUGUGAGACCCUGGUGCCCCCCCCCCUUCUGCAUCCCUGCUCUGCUCUCACUGUUGAGCUCCACCACGGACGCCCUCUGCCUAUCUGUCUGUCUGUCCUUCUCUGUCUGUCUGCCUGCCUCUGCCUGUCAAUCUAUCUGUGCUGAUCUGUCCGUCUCUGUUUGGAUGUCCGUCAUCCUCUUUAUCUUUUCCCAAUCCUGGCUUCACUCAAGUGCUGUCACAAGUGGAAAUCAAAAGUCUUAAAAGAUAAACUCACAGUUCAUCGCAGUAUGUCAGGGGUCAUGCCGUGUCACGCAGCUCCAUCCUUGCUAUAGCACUUAAUAAUCCUUACAUAACACAAUGCAAAAACAAACAAGAAAAAAAUGUUUUAAAAGCCCCCUUUCCCCCAUAUUGUCAAUAUUCAGUGGAGAAAAUAAGUUUGAAGUGUGGGUGGGUGUGGCAUUUUCAUUCACUUCCCUUACUUUAAUUUUGCAGUGUGAUCUUGGCCAGACUGGAAACACAGUGUAGAAUCUCAGUCUAUCAAAACUAAGCUUGAAUAUUUUUGACUUGUGUACAUUCCUUUAAACCUCUAACCCUGUUGCUGUUGCACCAAUCAGCCAGUUAUCGUUCUCAGCAGAGAGAGGUUUUUAAUACAUUUAUAGAUUGACACACAUCUUGCCAUUGUGUGCUCAAGAAGGCACCCUCGUGUUUAGCACUGCAUUGGUGGGUAUCGUGAAACUGGAAUCGUAGCCUAACUGAAGAGCACCUCCUGUCGUUGCCUUACUGGGGCAUGUCGGAUACAGGAGGGAUCAGGGACAAGUUAGGGGACAUUAUCAGUCCAUCUCCUGCAGCCACACUGAAUUCAUCACCUCUGUUGGUGUGGAUGUACAGUAUAUACACCCUUAUUCCUGUUUUUUUGCAGCCUGAAUGCCUUCAGUCCUGAGAGAAUCACAAAGUUAUGGUGAUCAAGGUUAAACUGUUUGGAGAAAGGAGAUGGGAACAUGUCUAGUUCUUCCCCUUUUUUGCUACAAAAUCACCAUCAAAGAAUACACAUUAAUAAAAGAGAAGGCCAAGCACAACUCUCUAUAUAUAUAUGGUGAAUCUUUUUUUUUUUUUUUUAAAUGUAUUCCACUGUUUUUGUAAGUGAACAUUCCAGUCUUCUUGUUUUUUUUUCCAUUUACUGUGAGAGAAAUUGUUGAAUCCUUGGCUGUGGUAAAUGUCGUUGUUUUUCUUAUGCUGUUCUUCUUUUGCCUUGUUGUUGUGAGAUGCUUAUUUUAAAAAAUAAAAAAGCAAGUAUAUUAAAUAAAUAAACCAGCAAAUCAAUCUAUGAACCAAGGCAGAAGAGUCUGUCUAGACUUGUGCAGUUGCAGUAUUAGAAUCAGUUGUGUGAAACCUGCAGUUCAGGUCAGAACAGUGCGAGUUUCUGAUCAGUGGAUCUAUCUUAUGCUGUUUAAUAUUCUUGAGUUUCUAAGAAAGUAAUGUUACAGAAUGGCAUUUAAAAUACACGCGAAAGAAAGUUUUUAUUUUAUGCUCUGGUCUUUAAAACACCCAUAAAGGCAGGCCUGUGACCUGUAUGUCACAUCCGAGCACUGAUGCAAGACAGAAACUUUUCUUUGAUCCAUCUGGUAGGUGAAUCCCAAAAUUGUGAACUAUUUUUGAUAUUUGACCAAUUGAAUCAGCCAAAGUGUACCAAACGUUUUGGUUGAUUGUGGUCACUAAGAUGUAAAAGAAGCUUGGUUCAUAAACACAAAAUCAAGCAUUUAAGUUGCUGGCUUUUACACAGAAAUUCUGCAUCACCCCUUUACUCUGGAUGCUGUGUUUCUGUGAGGACCUUAUUAGAUUUUCAACGUGAUAUUUGACCAUUUUUUCAGUGGUGUAAAUAAUCUCAUUGGCUCCUGACCAUACUCACCUCUUCCCCUUUUCUUGCUGUUUCAUUCCCUCUCCUGUGAUGCACUGUGACUUGUCACAGACGUGAGCGAUUGGGCGGUGUGUUUUUAGGUGGGGUGGGGGGCGGAAAAUGUUCAGCUUUAUUAAAAGAAACAAGGCUAUCACUAUGUAGCUAGAUGACAUUGUACAAUUGUAUAUGUAUCAUAAAGGUAAGUUAGGGAAAAUGUUUUUACAGGUCAUGGUGCUCUGGGAAGUGGCUUGCCUGCAGAUAAAAGUGGUUCAUAUUUUUUUGUGAAUGUGGCAGAGGAGGAAGUCACGUGAUCUUCGUGGGGGAAAAUCCAGUUUGGUGCAAGUUGGUGAUGAACAUUCUUACAAUUUUGCAACUUUCUAAUGUAAUGAAUUGUUAUAAUGAAUCAGAUUAAAACCCCACCUCACACUGGUUCGUAGGUUGCCAAACAAAAUGGACAUGCUGUGUGUACACCUGUACUUUGCAUUAACCUCUACUUAAGUUUAUUUGCAAAACAGAUGCUAGAUCGGAAAGCUGUUUUAGAGCUCACGGUUGUUUCUUAUGGAUAAACUGAAGAGUUGGUGGGUUGGCUUGAAGUGAAAUGACUGUUGUUCUUGGCUUAGGAUGAUGUUUGAUCAAAAUGUAUUUAAUAACAAAGCUACUUACACUAGUAGCCCCCAUUACUCUGCAGAUUACAUCAAAUUCAAACUUUCUCUUAUCUUGCGGGCAUUUAUUUUGUGCACUUGGUGUUUGGGAUGAACCAGAAAAGUGGCAGCCAGUGAGGCUCAGGAUGGAUUUGUUAAGGCAAAGUCAAAUAUGAUCGUGUGAUGAUGUAAGUGUACGAGGCUAAGGGUGACAGAGAGCAGCGAUCUGACGCUCUCAAUCUCCCAGGCUGUGAGGCAGGGCAAGUUGUUUGUCUGACCUGGAUAUUAGUCAGAAUUUAACCUCUCGGCACCAAAUACUGCUCUUCUGCUCUGGCAUCACUCAUCUACUGAACCGUAACGUCAUCUCAUAACCCUGUUUCCAUUCAGUUUCUGUCUAGUAUCCUGUCCACCAGUCUGCUGAGAUCCCUCUUUCCUUCAGCCUCCAUUGUAGGCCCCUGCGCUUCUGAUGAAUCAUUCCCUGCUUCUAUGAUACUGGUUAUAUACUGUAGACUUUGCAGAGUGAAAUCAUGUAAUCCACAAUCGGGUUUAGCAUUCAGACCAGUUUUGUGCAUUCCAUCUAAAAUUGUUUUGUUUUUGAUAUAAUUUUGUUAUUUUUUCAAAAAAAUAAUAAAGAUACCAUAUGCAUAUUGACAUACACAUGUAUUCAAAACUCAUUGUGAAUACAUACACAGAAUUAAGGACCUGAUAUCAUCUCCUGUUGCCCUGUUACAGCACUUCAAAUUGUACUUAUGAUUCUGCAGAUUCAAUAAAAUGUCAUUUUUUUUUCUCA